UCAACACUCCUUCAUUCUCCCACAGAGAUUUAUAAUCUCAGCCCAAUUUUGCUUCAAACUGUCCCAUUAAACAUUAACUUUUGCCAGUAUGUCAUCCAAAGCCACUGUUAGAAGACAGCUUCUGGAGAGGCAAACAUGUCCUAAAGAGAAGGAUAGGACAAGCCAAAACAUUUUGUCCAAACAGCUUAAGAAGAUUUACCCAAUUGGGCUUCAAAGAAGCAGUUCAUCAUUUUCUUUUUCUUCAUUGUCAUUGUCUUUGUCCCAAAACUCUAAUGACUCUUCUCUCACCGACUCCUCGACCCAGCUCGAUCAGAAGAUUUCGUAUGCAAUUCGCCUAAUUGUGCCACCUCCCGAGAGAAGAGAAGUACCGAUAGUUAAAAGUAUCCAACAACAAAGUCAGGAACUUGGUGAUGGAGAAUUGAGGAGGUGCAACUGGAUUACCCAUACUAGUGACAAAGCCUAUGUAUCAUUUCACGACGAGUGCUGGGGCGUUCCGGUGUACGACGACAAUCGACUUUUCGAGCUGCUUGCAUUGUCUGGCAUGUUGAUGGACUACAAUUGGACUGAAAUCGUGAAAAGGAGGGAAUUAUUCAGGGAAGCUUUUGCUGGAUUUGAGCCAAGUACUGUUGCCAACAUGGGGGAGAAAGAGAUAGCAGAUAUAGCAUCUGAUAAGGCCAUUAUGUUGGUGGAAAGCAGAGUGAGGUGCAUUGUAGACAAUGCCAAAUGCAUACUGAAGAUAGCUAGAGAUUUUGGAUCUUUCAGUAACUAUAUGUGGAGCUAUGUGAACUUUAAACCAACAAUAAACAGAUAUAGAUAUCCAAGAAAUGUUCCUCUGAGAAGUCCCAAAGCAGAAGCCAUUAGCAAGGACAUGGUGAAGCGCGGUUUUCGGUUUGUCGGGCCAGUGAUUGUCUAUUCAUUCAUGCAAGCUGCAGGGUUGACAAUUGAUCAUCUUGUCGAUUGUUUUCGGCACAGUGAAUGCGUAAAUCUUGCGGAAAGACCAUGGAGACAUAUCUGAGUUCAAACAUUUCCUAAUUUCCCUUCAAAGUUGUGGUUUUUCCCCUUUUGUGAGCAUUAAGUUAAAAUAUUAAAGUUAUACAUGGAGAAAGAGAGCGGAACUAAGAUGAAGUUAUCAGCUUUAUUUUAUCUAAACUAUCGAACCCUUAACAUUUAUCUAUUAAAAUGGCCAAUUCUGCAACUGCACAAGUUCAUGCCUAGAGCCUUAAGAAUCUGAUAAGUUGGAACCACCAAGUGCAGAACUCACAAUUACGACAGUUGCGGAGCGGUGGCAAUCGACAACUUGAAGCUGGUGAAGAAUAAGAAUUGUGUAUUUAAUUUGUUUAAAUAUUUUAUCGAGAGGUGUUUCAAAAUCCUCAAGUUAUGCUUCUAAUGUAUAUGAAACUAAUUAUUUUGGAUGUUUGGUGUGUUGGAUCUCUUGGGUUUCAUCUUA